GCUGCGGUUUUAAAAAGGAGCUGGAGCGGAGGAUAUUAGAUCUGGUGUGAUGCUGCUGCCCGCUGUCGACGAUGCUUGAUCUGCAGAUCCGCAUGCACUAAAGCUAGUGGGCACGCCGAGUGGAAAACACCCCGGAGCGAAGAGCGACGUCCUGAAAUAAUUUACAGACCAUGAACUAUGUGGGUCAGCUGGCAGGGCAGGUGUUUGUGCAGGUCAAGGAGCUGUACCGAGGACUCAACCCUGCAACGCUGUCGGGAUGCAUCGACGUCAUCGUGGUCCGGCAGCCCGACGGCUCCCUGCAGUGCUCCCCCUUCCACGUUCGCUUCGGGAAGAUGGGUGUCCUGCGGUCCCGCGAGAAAGUGGUGGAUAUAGAGAUUAAUGGAGAGCCAGUUAACCUGCAAAUGAAGCUGGGAGAGAAUGGAGAGGCCUUCUUUGUCAAAGAGACGGAGAACCAUCUGGAAGUGGUUCCAUCCUAUCUCGCAACAUCACCCAUCCUGUCACCAGGACAGGAUUUGAUGGCGUCUGAGUUGAGCAGGGGCAGUUCCCGUCACCACGACAACAUCCCUUCCGGCUCGCUUCCUGUUCAGAACCUCGGACCAAAUCAUGGUGAUGGGGGGUCAACCAAGAAGAGGAGGAAGAGGAGGAAGAAGGCAAGGCCAGAGGGAGGAUCGGGAGGAAGGAGAGAGGAGGAUGGAGACGAGUUCUCAGAGGACGAGGACAUGUUCACUAUUGACCUGAGCUCAGAUGAGGAAAAGGAGGGAGAUGGCAGCAGACCUUCGUACAGAGACCUGAAGUCUGCAGCAAACACCAACACGCACCCCAUCACCAACUGGACUCAUGCACAGAGUAAUGCGAUUAAAGAGAGUCUCUCCAUCCCUCAAGCCUGUGGUCUGUCCAUCUCUUGUCCACAGAGGACAUCUCAGUUCCCUUCUCUUGUCAGUCGAGAUGAUUCGCGCUCAUCAACCCCAAAGAGCGACUCAGAGCUGUCCAAUCAGGUGAACCCUGAGAUGUUGUGGACCUGGGGGGAACUGCCACAGGCUGCACAGCCAGCCUUCCUGGCGUCCCACCAGAAGCAGGAUUCUGCUGCAGCAGUCUCCAUCCCAGUGACUGCCAGCACUCACUUCAGGGCCAUCGGCAACACCGGGCCUUCCACCCCGACUCUCUACAGCGCCCAGACGGGGGAGAGCGCUGCCCUGGAAGGGGACAAAGACACUGAGGAAAACAGAAGCAAAGCUGUUAAGUCAACUUCUGGAGAAGAACAUGGUAGAGACAUGGAAAGCGCCGAGAUGGAGGGUUUAAUGGCCUGUUCUCCAAGGAUUGUCCCAGAUCAUCUGGACGAAAGCAGGAGCAGAGGAAGUCCCAUCAGAAGAACCGAUUCUCCAUCCAAGAGGAAAGAAAAGAGAAGCCAGCACCUGGGCACUGACGGCAUAUAUCUGGACGACAUUACAGACCUCGAGCCGGAAGUUGCUGCUCUCUACUUUCCUAAAAACGACGGGGGGAGCAGUUCACUGAAGGCGGAGUCAGAGAUGAUGAUGAUGGGGGUCAGGAGUGCUAACCAGUCCCCUCAGUCAGUGGGCAGCAGUGGCGUGGACAGCGGCGUGGACAGUCUGGUGGACCACAUCAGCGAACUGCCUCAUGUUGCCAUUUCUCUGUGCGGAGGUCUUACUGACAACGUGGAGAUCACAAGAGAGCAGUUCCUGGAGAGGAAGAUUUCCUUCCAGCAGUUCUCUGAAAAUCCUUCUGUUAUCGAUGACCCAAACCUGGUGGUCAAGAUCGGGAACAAGUACUACAACUGGAGCACAGCAGCUCCUGUCAUGUUGGCCAUGCAGGUGUACAAGAAACCCCUGCCGCAGGAGUCAGUGGAGAACAUCAUGAAGGAGAAGAUGCCCAAGAAGGGAGGACGCUGGUGGUUUUCAUGGAGAAGCAGGAAUAGCGACUCCAAGUCGGAGUCCGUGACGGGAGCCGGAGGAGACAGCUCACUCCCUACGGUCUCAGUGGACAGGUUGAAGGAUGAAUCUUCCUCAAGUGAUGACGAGCACAGAUCAUCCAGUCAGGUGUCAGGAUCCUGUCAGUCAGACACCGUUCCGGGUCCCAGUAGCGUCUGUUACAAGAAGACUCUGCGGCUCACCUCAGAGCAGCUGGCGAGCCUGCAGCUGAAGGAAGGGGCCAAUGAGGCGGUGUUCAGCGUGACCACCCAGUAUCAAGGCACCUGCCGCUGCAAUGGCACAAUCUUUCUCUGGAGCUGGGAUGACAAGAUAGUCAUCUCCGAUAUAGAUGGAACCAUCACCAGAUCUGACACCCUGGGCCACAUCCUCCCCACGCUGGGUAAAGACUGGACCCACCAGGGGAUUGCAAGGCUUUACCACAAAGUCAGCCUGAAUGGAUAUAAAUUCAUGUACUGCUCAGCAAGAGCAAUCGGCAUGGCUGAUAUGACGCGAGGCUACCUGCACUGGGUCAACGAGAGGGGAACCGUGCUGCCAAUGGGCCCAGUUAUGCUCAGCCCCAGCAGUCUGUUCUCUGCCUUUCACAGGGAGGUGAUUGAAAAGAAGCCAGAGAAGUUUAAGAUCGCGUGUCUCUCAGACAUCAAGCACCUUUUCCAUCCCAACACUGAACCUUUCUAUGCUGCCUUUGGCAACCGAGCUACGGAUGUGUAUUCCUAUAAGGAGGUGGGCAUUCCUCCCAACAGGAUUUUCACUGUCAAUCCGAAGGGGGAGCUAAUACAGGAGCAUGCCAAAACCAAUAUUUCCUCCUAUGGACUUCUUUGUGAUAUGGUUGACCACGUCUUCCCGGUGCUGGGUGGAGACGAGGAAGCCGACUUCCAACGCUCUGAUACUUACGACCAGUGUAAUUACUGGAGUAAGCAGCUUCCCGAUGGAGCCGAUCGGGAAGAGGAAGAAGACGCGCAACCUCUUGAAGCGAGCUGAGGAAGCCCAUCAGAUCCAGCAAGAAGGCUGCUUCGGUUCUGUCCACAUUACAACCACAAGGCCAGUGGUUUAAAUCUGUCCGCUUAGCUCAGAAGUGAUCAUUUUAGAGCCCCUAGGCAUGUUGGAUAUAACCAAAAAGCUUUUCCUAAAUGGAGAAUAUAGGUAGCUCUGAAGUACAAAGCUGAAACUAAUAAGUAACUGUGACUACUGAUUUGAACUUAUUGAAUGUCUUUCUAAAUCCCUCAUUAUCAAUAAUAAUGCUCUCCUCCUGCACUGAGAACACAAGGACUUCUACAAACUAAGGAAAAUAAUACAGUGUAUGUACAAAUUACAAAAAAAAGAAGAAGGAAAUAUGGAGGUAUAAGCAAAAUAAUACUGAUGAAUUAGAGCAGCUGUUUGGAAGUUAAACUUCCUUAUGCUUCAUCGUUAAGCAGAGUUAACCAGGAUUAUAUCAGAUGUUUGUGCACUGACUCACACCUACACUUGCAUUAUAUACACAACACAGACAAUACACUGCACUGCCACAUCAUAUCCUUUACUUACCUGAGAGUCUUUCAACUGGUCAUCUUGCUCUCUGUAGUCAGAGUUAAAGGUUACAGUUACACUUAUAACCCCAAAUAAGUGGGCAACUGAUUUUUAAAUCUUUUUUCUACACCACCUGCAACUAAAAUCUUUUUAGUUUAGGUUGUACAUGGUCCAAUACAAGUAUGCAGGUCGUCCUCUCUGAUGUCAUUAUGAACACUCUGCAGACGAAGAUUACACAACAGUAAAACCAUCCAGUUGAUGCAAAAAAAAAAAAAGAAGAAAGAAAGAAAGGAAAAUGAAGGAAACACAAAGGGUACGCACUGCAGUCAUGCUCUGUACCCGACUCCCGUGCAGGUUGAGCUAAACGUGUGUGGUCGUUUGACCGUGCAACUGUGAAACAUGUGACCACUGCACUUUCUUUUUUCAGGUUUCAGUGACUAUGUUCAAGUUCAAUGUAGGAAAAUGCAAAAAAAUCUGUCUGUGUUAUUUCAAUAUUUAUAAAUGUGCAAAUAAGGCAACUCUGGUAAUAUGUAAGAAUGUAACAAAAAAUCACUCAUCAUUCUAAUAACUAAUGCCCAUCAAUGCAAUUAUUUAAUAGACUUAUGGAGGACUAAGAUCAUGUAUUUUUAUGUUUUGAAAUGUUAUUGCGCUGAUCAGUAUGACUUGUGUUCAGCACUUACCUCUCCUGUUGUGGAGACUUAGUUGCUUUUACAAUGAUCUAUUUUUUCUAUAUGUAUUGUGUUUUAUGUGCAACAUAUUUGUAUCCUCUGAUCAAAUCACAUAACCAUUCUGUAUUUAUGCAAGAUGGAAGGUUGUUGGUAUUUUUGAUUUUACUAAAGUAGAAGCAAACCACUGUAAAUAUUAAUACUUUAUAUUUCUCUGACCAUCCAAAGUGACAAUUUCAAUAGCUCUUACAAUCUAAUAUGUUUUUCAAAACACUGUUACUGGUGCUCGUUCAAAUGCCUGUGCAAGCAAUUUAAUGUAUUACUGGAACUCUCUUCAGUAACCACUUGUGUUCAACAUGUGUACUCUAAAGCAAUAGAUCAACAUGCAGUAUUUCAGAAACAUGAUUGACAGCCUCUUUACUCAAUUUGGUGCCAAUGGAGGAUCAAAA